GUGUGCCCGCGGUGAAAGUAAAUUCCGACUUCCCAGUGUUCCAGUGUGCAGUGAUGAGUGCCUCCGGGAAGAGUCUCCUAGGACUGUGGCUCUACAGGAGCGGCGAGAGUGAGUGGGCCGUCAAGCAGGGCAGUCCGUUGCAUCAGCUCAAAAAGGAUACGGCUUCCGGCUCCUCGGGUUCAGCUCCGCCGCCGCAUGUGGGUCUAUCCCGGCACUCAUCAGCUCCACCAGAGCCACCCAGGUUGGCCAUCGGUGGCCAGGAUCCUCCUCGUCAGCAUUCCCCAGGCGAACGCAUCUCGAUUAUCUUCACCCUUCGCAAUCAGGUGGGAAAUUUAGCCCGAGCUCUGCAGGUCUUCCAAGAGCUGGGCAUCAAUGUGCUGCACCUGGAGCUGUCGCCUCUGGAGAUGACCACCAACCAAGCGGAUGUCCUGGUUGAUGUGGAAUGCGAUCCCCGACGGCUUGACCAGGUGGUGAAGAUGCUCAACAGGGAGGUGGCCUGCGUGAACUAUACGUCUGUGAAUACACAGGGAUUGGCCAGGGCUCCAUCACUUUCGGCUUGCUCGAGUUUUGAUUUCGGUGACAUGGUAUGGUUUCCCCGUAAAAUUUCCGACCUGGACAAGGCCCAGAAUGUCCUGAUGUAUGGCUCAGAACUGGAUGCCGACCAUCCGGGAUUCAAGGACCCCGUUUAUCGCAAGCGUCGUGAACAGUUCUCGGCAAUAGCUAACAACUUCAAGCAUGGAAAUCCCAUUCCCCGUGUGCAGUACACACCGGAGGAGGUGAAAACUUGGGGCACUGUUUUCUUGGAGCUGCACCGCCUCUACGUGUUGCACGCAGUUCCAGAGUAUAUGGAAAAUUGGCCCGAGUUGGAAAAGUAUUGUGGCUACCGCGAGGAUAACGUACCCCAGUUGCAGGAUGUGAGUGUGUAUCUCAAGCGUAAGACAGGAUUUCAACUGAGACCAGUGGCAGGAUAUUUAUCGCCCAGGGAUUUCCUUUCGGGACUCGCUUUUCGCGUUUUCCAUUGCACUCAGUACAUACGACACUCUUCGGAUCCGUUCUACACUCCCGAACCCGAUUGUUGCCACGAACUCUUGGGACACAUGCCCCUGCUGGCCAACUCGAGCUUUGCCCAAUUCUCCCAGGAGAUUGGCUUGGCUUCCUUGGGAGCCAGUGAUGCGGAUAUUGAAAAACUGGCCACACUCUAUUUUUUCACCGUGGAAUUUGGAUUGUGCAAGCAGGCGGACAGUUCAUUCAAGGUUUAUGGAGCCGGACUUUUGAGUUCUGUGGCCGAGUUGCAACAUGCAAUUACCACAGAGGAAAAGAUCAAGAAAUUUGAUCCAGAGGUGACCUGCAGGGAGGAGUGCAUCAUCACAUCCUAUCAGAAUGCCUACUACUACACGGACUCUUUUGAGGAGGCCAAGGAGCAGAUGAGGGCCUUUGCCGAUAGCAUUCAGAGACCAUUUGGAGUGCGCUACAAUCCGUAUACUUCGAGUGUCGAGGUCUUGUCAAAUGCUCAAAAAAUCACAGCUGUGGUCAGUGAAUUGAGGGGCGAUCUGAGCAUUGUCUGCUCAGCUCUGCGAAAGAUAUCCGCCACGGAUGAGAACCUGGAUGUGGAUAGUAUUGCCAACAUGUUGCAUAAUAGUCUCAAUGUUCGAGGUGGAGCUUCAGGAGGCGGUGGAAGUCCCUGCAGUCCGGAUAACUCGGACAACUCUACGGCAGAGGGGACUAAUAACGGAAAAGGACAUUUAAUGAAAGGAUAACAUUUGGAAGAGACUCUUGGGACCACAAAACAGUAUAAUUCGCUUAGCAUUUUUAGCAAGAAAACUAAUUUAAAUUAUAAAACUGAAUGGAAAAACUUUCUUCAAGUGAAAUUAAACAGUUUAAAUUAUUAAAAUCAACUAUUUGUAUUCAGGAAAAGACCAACAAAGUUCAUAUAAUUACUUCUCUUUAUUAUUAUUUAUGUUU